AUGAACGCCACAGGGCUGACUGAUCAGCACCAGGAGCGUAUUACCGCCUUCAAGGUAGCGCACUACUACCUCCUCACCAAUAACUGGUCCAUGCGGCGCGCCACGGACCAGUACUACGACGACGGCUGCCGGCCCAAGAAUGCGGCCGACCUCAACGAGUUGCUGAAGCAGCGGCACACGCUUGACGGCCACCCAACCCCCACGAAGAAGGCGCAAGAGCAGGCAGUGAUAUUCAAGCCUGCCCCGUUUGGUUCGCACAUGCAGGUGGCCAUUUCGCAACUGUUUGCAACCAAGGAGCUUAGCGACGUCGUGCUCGUUCUCCCUGGCUCGCGCAUUCCUGCGCACAAGAUCGUGUUGGCCAGCGGUUCUCCAGUGCUGGCUGCCGCCCUGAACUCUCAAGGCGAGGCGGGAGCGAAGGAACUGGCGCUCGAGGACGAAGCGGAUGAAGCCGCCUUCCAUACCAUUCUCGCCUACUUGUACACCGGCAAAGCCUCCGUCGCCUCCGAUCGCGUGCACAAUUUAUUGAUCGCCGCGCAUCGCUACGGGGUGGACGCGCUGAAGGAAAAGUGCGGCGUCUACCUCUUCCAGCGCCACCUCGAGUCCGCCAGGCGGCGGAAGAAGAUGGCCGCGGCCGCCAAGAAGGGGAAGGAGAAGAGCGAAGAGGAGGAGAAGGAGGAGGACCACGUCGACAAUGUCGACGGCGACAGCGAUGACAUGCAAGUGGACGAUGCGGACGAAGAGGGCCAGGAGGGCGAAGAGGCCCAGGGCGUGGGUCAUCUGCUCCGCCUUGCGCAGACCUACAAGUGCCAUGAGCUCGAGAAGCUGUGUGCGGAAGACCUGGCCCGCAACUUCUCGACUCUGUGUGAAUCGGGCAAGCUAAACACUCUGCCGCUGUCGACGUUCAUCGAGCUGAUCAAGAGCGAGAAGGUGGCUGCGGCCGAGGAGGAGAUCUUCGAUGCCGUGGUUGCCUACGUCAAAUUCCAAAGAGACACUCAGGGGCUCGACGAAGCGGCCCUGUUGGAGCAGCUGCUGCUCUUCGUGCGCUUCCCCUUCAUACAAAGCCAGCGGCUGGUGGAGGACGUCGAGGGCAAUCCCCUGAUCGCGGGUCUCAAGCUCACCGGCGAGCUGCUCUUCGAGGCCUAUCGCUACAAUUUCUACAGUCAGCUCUACAACCAGAACAUUUUGAGCCCCAAGUCGCAGCAGCCAGCCAGCCUGUCGCAUGCGGACGGGGAGGAGAGUUUCUAUCUGGACUGCGCGACAAAGAGCUCGACAGCGAAAGGACCGAAAUUCGCCUUUACGUCGCCCCUUCCGCACUACGAGCUCCGCUGCUCGCCUCGCAGCGGUGCGGUCAAGUGGAAUUCCACGAAGAAGUCGCGGGACAUUGCCAUUUCCAACAGCAUGCUCACCGCCUCCCAUAACGGAUCGUCGUCCGUUUGGAUGUCUGUGGUGGCCGACGUCCCCUUUAGCGACCAUCUCACGUCGAUCUACGUUCAUAUUGACCGCAAUGCCAGCAACUGGAUUUUCAUUGGGGUGGCGGAGGAGCAAUGGAUGGACUACGCCGCCUCUUCGGGCAACUAUCUGGGCGUCGGCGCGGGUACUUGGUCGCAUGGGUCAGCCGGUGGUUAUGGAAAGGUCCACAACGGCGUCGCCGGCGCCUAUGGCGUGUCCUUUGCCACGGGCGACACUGUUGGAGUGCACCUGAACCCGGAAACGGGUGUACUGUCGUUCUCCUGCAAUGGCCGGAACUAUGGACCUGCGUAUUUGUCUCUGCCGGUCAGUAAACGCCUCUUUCUGGCGGUUAGCCUCUACCACCACAGUGACCAGGUGACACUGGCCAGAGGUAGGCCCAAGAAGUUCAAGGCCGCCCUGAACAGCAUUCAUCCCGCAGCAGCCUUGCCGACAGACGAGGAGGAGGAUCCCAAUUUGUUUGGCCUGUUCGGCUAA